AUGAAUCGGAAUGACAGAGCAAGAGAGACGAGUAAAACGUUUUUCAGUUUUAGCUCAGAAGCAGAAGUCUCAGAUGUUGAAUCCAAAGACGAAAAUUACAGUGGGAGUUACGAUGGCUGCAGUUUGGAGAAGGAACGCAACGACAAUGAGAAUGACUACUCAAUUAUAGUGGAAGGAGAAAAUCCCAAAGUAGGCGGAGAAGAUGGAGUAGGUGAAGAAAACAAGGAGAAUGAUGCAUUCGAAAGCCGAUUUGAUAUGUUCGAAGACUCCGACGGUGCGUCAUCUGAAGAUGAUAACUUCAGCUCAUAUGGUGAGUCUCCAACACAAGACGAAGAUUCACCGACGCUACCUCCCAAGAAGAGAUAUCAAAACUUGUCGAUGAGCGGAAGUAAAGGGAAUUCGGAGGUUCUAAGGUUGGAGAUGUCGUCGCUAAACCAUGCGGUAGGGAAACGAUACGAGAGUAAAGACGAUUUGGAGAGACGACUGAAACUUCUUUCAAGAGUUCGUGCUUCUACACAAGUGCAAUCCCCGGCAUUUUAUGUUUGUAUUUACGAUUCAGAUCAUACAUGUUCUGUAACUGAGCGUUCUAAUCGAUCUCGACAAGCAACAUCAGAUAUUUUAGGAGAGUUACACAAGUACUUUCUCGGUGACGUUGGUCCAUCCGUUCGCCCUACGAGUGUCGGAAUAGCUAUCACUAAGCAGUUUGGUGUAAAGAUGGAUUAUUGGAAAUCACAUCGGACACUGAAAUUUGCAAGGGAAAUCGAUGAGGGAACACCUGAGAGUGGGUUUGAAAACUUGCCUUCUUACUUAUACAUGAUAAGAAGGGAAAAUCCGGGUACAAUUACGCGUCUUCAAAUUGAUGAGUUUGGAAGAUUCAUUUAUGUAUUUCUUGCGUUUGGUGCGAGCGUAAAUGGGUUUUCUUUCAUGCGCAAAGUUGUGGUUGUCGACGGUACGUUUCUUAAUGGUAAAUACAAAGGGACGCUUCUCACAACACUAGCUCAAGAUGGUAACUUUCAGAUUUUUCCAAUAGCCUUCGCCGUGGUUGACACUGAAAAUGAUGACUCGUGGCAUUGGUUUUUUACGCAACUACAACUUUUGAUUCCUGACGACGAGGGUCUUGCGAUAAUCUCGGAUAGGCAUAACUCGAUAGGGAAAGCAAUUGGAAAUGUGUAUCCGUUUGCUUCCCGGGGAAUUUGUACCUACCAUUUAUAUAAGAACACUAGGUAA